UACGUUUCAAAUCUGCAUCACAGAUUAACUGCUCAGUUGCCUGUCUGACUUUUUAAGCCAGUUCUCGUUUGCGCCUUCAUAGAAGAAUCAUGCUACGUGUCGGUGCGGUGUUUUUGUUGCUUUUGGUGGUGUCCCGGGGCGCCUCUCUUGAGCCCAGAUACAGGUCCGAGUUCACCUACGCUGAACAGCUUCUGGAGAAGAUGAUCCGAAUGGAGGCAGAAAUGGACAAGUGGGAGACACGGGUGAAUGAGCAAUUCGGACAGCUGACGAGCUUACGGGAACACAUUGACCAUAUGACGAAGACCGAGGAUUCGCGUCUGAAGCUCAUACAGGAGGCGUUUGUGGAAUCCCGUAACAACAUAACGGCACUGCAGUCGCGAACUGAUGGCCUAGAACAGCAGCUCAAAGAGAAAAUGAAAAAAGGUUGUGCUUCGUUUUAUACGACGUGCAAAGAUGGAUGGCUUCCGUUUAGGGGCUCCUGCUACCUAUUCCAUGUCGAAGCAAUGACGUUCGCAUCAGCUGAGCAAUACUGUCGACAACACGAAAACAGUCAUCUUGUCCACAUAGACGAUGCCAUAGAGAAUAGUUUUUUGAAAGACCGAAUGGGCCUGUUCAAAGAUCGCUAUUGGUGGCUCGGAUUAAAGGAUGAAGAUAUUGAAGGAGUCUGGAAAUGGUUCGACAACGAUGAGAUUGCAACAUUUACAGACUUCAAUCCAGGCGAUGGAGGAUCCCACAGUUUGGAAGACUGUGCAGCGGCUGAGCCCGGUGCUGAUUAUCGUUGGGUCGAUGUCGGAUGCUCUGUCACCGCAGGUGUGCUGUGUAAAACCAGAGGACACGAAGAGGCAUCAGUGAUUGGAUGAUGAGCGACAUGUACUGAAACACACAGUCAUUAGACUUAAAACACUGAAUUGCUGCCUUUGUAUUUGUUUUGACAUGUAUUUCGAACGAAAAACGAAUACGCAGUU